AUGACUCAGUGGUGGUGUAUUAAAUUGUGUUCGACGGCUUUAAAUUCACCAUCGGAUAAUACGGAAAAAGCAUAUUUCGAAGGUGUAAAACUGGAUACUGGAGACAUUCCAGCUUUGUCUUCCGGCUCUAGAGCCAUAGUAGAAAUUGCCGAAGAAUUAUCGAAAGCAAUUUCCGAGUCUUCCUACUUGCCUUCUCUUCCGUGUUCAAAUGUGGCCUUAAUUAUAAGAAAUUGGAUCAAUCAGAAUUCUGGCGUAAGUGAAUGA